AUGGGGAGGCGAACCAGUUCUUCUUCAUCUUCUAUCGAGAGCAGCACCUGCUUUAAUGGUGUUUCUUCUUCUUCUUGUUCCUCGCAGAGGGACCUUAGCACUGAUCUCAGACUUGGUCUUAGCAUUUCUUCUACCUCUCCUUCCUAUGCAAGGGGGCGACCAUCUCUGUUCAGGCAGGCGGUGGCAGUGGCGGAAGAAGAAAAUGAGUGCAGCAGUGCAACUUUCUUUGUUAAGGUCUACAUGGAGGGAAUUCCAAUUGGACGAAAAUUGGACCUGUUGGUUCACGAGAAUUACUAUGAUCUGAUAAGGACUCUCGAGCUCAUGUUCAACACUAACAUUAUCUGGGCAGAGUCGGAGGCGGCCGAGGUGGACGGAGACCGGCACGAGAAAUGCCACGUGUUAACAUAUGAAGACAAGGAAGGGGAUUGGAUGAUGGUUGGUGAUGUUCCGUGGGAGAUGUUCUUGUCAGCUGUUCAGAGAUUGAAGAUCACCAAGUGCUGAAUUUUGUACAAUUUUUUUCCUUUUCUGUUGAUGUUUCUCGUGGAGUGAAAAUGAAUAGUUAGACAUAUAAUAUAUAGGA